GGCUUGAAAACUUGUUCCUGCGAGUGCUGUUGCGGUUGCUGUAGCUGUAGCUUCUGCUAUUACUACCCCCGUCCCGCCCUCCGUGAAUUGGGUAAUGGGACCCCAGCACCCAUCGCGAAAAAUUCACGUCUCCCCAUUCGGGCAACUGUCAGCAUGCGCGACAUCAAACCUCUGAUGCUCCCACAACUCGUUGCUGCACGCAAAUCUUCAAAGAGCUCUCUUGAUAUGGCAUACGACCCACACUCCUCCGUCCACUCCAGCGGCGACUCUGGCUUCUACUCAGUAUCGGAUUGCUCAACUCCCCCAACUCCCAGCUACCCAUCGCGUGGCCACCUCAGAUAUCCAAGCUCAACCUCGUCGCUUUCCUCAAGCCCGCCCACACAUGACAGCUCCAUGGAUGGCCCCAACAGCUCCGGCAAGUUGCCCAAGCUCACCGAGGAACCCAUCGAGCGCGAAGACGACUACGUGACAGUGGACCCAUAUCGUUGCUCCUGCGAUGGCGCCCACUGCUUCCAUUCGCGACCACCCACCCGUCGCUCCAUAUUUGGCCAAGCAUACGACUUCGCAGAGGACUACUUCAGCAACGACUCGGAGCCAAACCUCUCCAAGAGGCGACGAUCUCUGGAGUCACCCACGCUAAGCAUCAGCGACAAAUUCGAAAACAAAUUCCCCACCAUCACGCGCAAGAUCAAGGAACGAAAGCGAGCAUCGACGCUCGGUGCAAAGUCCUCUCGCAGUGCAACACCCUCCAGGGCUGCCUCGAUUCGCGCCGCCUCCACCCGCUCGCCGUCCAUUACCAGCUCCAUCCACCAGUAUCAGGGCAUCGACAUGACCCAGAGCAUGCCCAUCCCAACCCCGGCCCGUAGCAGAGACCGCCUGGACGAGACGUUUGCAACCUCUCCCAUCGACGUCGCCAAGGCAAAUGCCAUCGCUUUCGACCCAGAAGAGAUCGAGGCUGAAAGAUACGCGACCACUCCGCUGCUGCCCCCGAUGCUCAUCACCGGACGCCUCAAUGACCUCCCUACCCAGUCGCCCCUCCAGUCGCCCACGGUUGCUGCCGACGCCUCCACGGCCGCGACGCCAGCUGACAGUCCUCCGCUGCACGCCAACCCGACACCUCCCCUAUCGACGAAGCCAUCCGUGUCCUCGUUCAAGGCGCGAGCCGCGCACAUGGUACCGGCGGCAGACAUCCCUCCCUUCAUGUUGGCCGAUCCCAACGACAAAUGGACCGACAUCCUAGGCCACGCAAACUUCACCAUCGAGCCGGAACCGUACCUCCCCGAGACCUUUGACAAAGCUUCUCUUCGACAGCUGUUCAGCGACUGGGAGCAGGCGCGCCACAACUUCACCAAGCACCAGGUUCGGACGGCAGAGCACCACGGUGUCACCUCCAAGACGUACCUCCUCACGGACCAGAAGUGGGCAGAGAUCGACGCUUUGUGGAAGGCCAACAACGAUCUAGCCAUCUCCCGUGCCACAGCCCUAGGCGAGGAGCCAGAGCCGACGUCUCCCAUGGAACCUGCCCCGCUCUCCAAGAUGCCCUCCCUAAACGAUCCAAAGGGCGAGGGCAAGUUCCCCAAGCUUGGCGACGAAGACAUUGUCGGCCCCAUGGUCCAGAUCGCCGCGCAGAUCCAGAAGACUCCCCCCCGCAAACGUGCUUUCUUCAAAUUCUUUAGCGACUUGAAGUUUCCUGCCUCUUUCCUCAGUCGGUCAUCGGCUGGUGUGCGCAGCCGAUAGAUCUCGACGUAGCGCAAGUGCCAGCGAGCAUCGUCUUUGUCCGCGAGCCAUUCCCCUACCUUGUCGAUAUUUUGUGCGAUUAUCGUUUUCUUGAUUGUUAUCUUUCUGCUCGUUACCCAGUUGCUCCAUUCACGAGGUACGACUUG